AUCUUGGGGGAAUGGGGAUAAAAAAAAAACCCAGCACGCUCCCCAAAGCAGUAGCCUCCUAUCCUUUAACCACAUUGUCCACUUUCUUCAUUACAGUAACACACACUUUCCUUACUUGGAAGAAAUCUAGUACUGCGCUAGGGUUUCUUGUAUUCUCCUUAGAAGAGAACAGGGGAUUUUUUUCUCUAAGUGUACAAGGUCCACUGUUUGCAACAAUGAACAUCUUCAAGAAGAAGACUUCUCCUAAAGAGGCUCUCAGGACUAGCAAGAGAGAAAUGGUGGUUGCUACUAGAGGUAUUGAACGUGAAAUUGCAUCACUUCAACUGGAGGAGAAGAAAUUGGUGGCAGAGAUAAAGCAAACAGCAAAAACCGGAAAUGAGGCUGCUACUAAAAUCUUAGCCCGGCAACUUGUUCGACUUCGGCAACAAAUAACAAAUCUGCAGGGGAGUCGUGCCCAAAUCAGAGGUGUUGCUACUCAUACACAGGCGCUGUAUGCCGGCACUUCAAUUUCCACUGGAAUGAAAGGUGCAACUAAGGCAAUGGUGGCUAUGAACAAGCAAAUGGCUCCUGCAAAACAAGCUAAAGUGAUCAAAGAGUUCCAGAAGCAGUCAGCACAAAUGGAUAUGACGAUUGAGAUGAUGUCAGAAGCUAUAGAUGAGACUUUAGACAAAGAUGAGGCUGAAGAGGAAACAGAGGAGCUCACUAACCAGGUGCUUGAUGAGAUUGGUGUGGACAUUGCAUCUCAGUUAUCUUCAGCUCCAAAAGGUCGGAUCGCAACAAAGAAUGCUCCUCCUAAUGCUGUUACAAGUCCCGAAUCUACCAAUGUUGAGGAUCUUGAGAAAAGACUGGCCUCUCUACGACGCAUUUGAUCUGGAAAACUUGUAGCAGUGAUGCUUGGAGCAGAAUCUUAAUGGGUGUAAAUUCUUACAAAAACAGUCAGAUGCAUGAAAUGCCAAUUAUAGUAGCAGCAUUGUCUAUGUUAUUACAUAUUCUACUUAUGAGAAAUACCAGCAUACUGGACUUGAUAUAUGAACAGGAGAAAAGGUAUUGCAUAGUGAAAGAUAUUCUGAUUUUGUACUU